UCGACUUGCCUUAACCCCUCCCUACUUGUAUCGAUGAAAGUUUGUGUUACAAAGAUGGCGGAUUUCCUGCCGUCCCGGUCCUUUCUAUCCGUUUGUUUCCCCAAAUGUCUACUAAACACCAGCGAGGCAGAGCAACUGAGGAUAUCUAAAGAGAUCGACAGAUGUAUUUCGAAAGACAAAACGUACGUGAAGCGGCUAGUGAAGAUACUUUUGCUCGGCGCCGGCGAGAGCGGCAAGUCCACUUUCCUCAAGCAGAUGCGCAUCAUACACGGACAGGAUUUCGACCAGCUGGCUAGAGAGGAGUUCCGAGCGACUAUCUACAGUAAUGUUAUAAAAGGUAUUCGUGUGCUGGUGGAUGCACGAGAAAAGCUGCACAUCCCAUGGGGUGACGCAUCCAAUCAGGCAUACGGCGAGGUUCUGAUGAGCUUCGACACACGCUCGGCCCAGGGCAUGGUAGAGCCCAAAGUGUUCCAGCAGUUUCUGCCCGCAGUGCGUUCGCUCUGGGCCGACAUUGGCAUCCAGCAUGCUUACGACCGCCGCCGUGAAUUCCAGCUGGGUGAAUCGGUGAAAUAUUUCUUGGAUAACUUGGAAAAACUUGGAAUGCCGGAUUAUCUGCCGAGUCAGCAGGACAUCUUGCUGGCACGCAGACCCACCAAAGGGAUCCAUGAGUAUGACUUUGAGAUCAAGAAUGUCCCGUUUAAGAUGGUGGAUGUGGGAGGCCAGCGCUCCGAGCGGCGCCGCUGGUUCGAGUGUUUCGACAGCGUCACCUCCAUCCUGUUCCUGGUAUCGUCGAGUGAGUUUGACCAGGUACUGAUGGAGGACCGUCAGACCAACCGGCUCACGGAGUCGCUCAACAUCUUCGGCACCAUCGUCAACAACCGCGUGUUCAGCAACGUCUCCAUCAUCCUGUUCCUGAACAAGACCGACCUGCUGGAGGAGAAAGUCAAGACCGUGGCCAUCAAGGACUUCUUCCCCGAGUAUGAGGGCGAUCCACACAGCUUGGAGGACGUGCAGAAGUUCCUUGUGACGUGCUUCCGCAACCAACGCCGCGAGCAGCAGAACAAGCCGCUCUACCACCACUUCACCACGGCCAUCAACACUGAGAACAUUCGCCUCGUCUUCCGGGACGUCAAGGACACCAUCUUACACGACAAUCUCAAGCAGCUCAUGCUGCAGUGAUCUGAACUCGUCCCUCAGCUUCCACUGCUCGCGUCCAAGCCUGGACCACUAAACCUGACUUUGGGGGUGGGUGGGGGGGGUCAAAGAGCGUGCGUGUGUGUAAGUGUGUGUGUGUGAGUGUGAGAGCAUACAGACAGGUUCAGCCUCACUCCAUCUGUCUGAGGAAAGCUCCUGUGCUUCUAACUGCCUUUAAAGUCACUCAACUGUACAGCAACUCUCUUUCUCUCUCUCUCUCCCUCUCUCUCUCUCUCUCUCUCUCUCUCUCCCUCUCUCUCUCUCUCUCUCUCUCUCUCUCUCGUGUGUGUGUCUUUGUGUGUGUGAGAGCUCCCCCUCCCCCCAACCUUUCUUCUAACCUGUAUGCCUGAAUUUGACUCUAAAGCAGGUCCUGAUUUUGAGUCAGCUCAGCUGGAGCACUCCACUCAGCAUCACAUCCUGAAUUUUAGUUCCACAGUAUGAUACUUUAGUAACAUUUGCUAAGCUAACCUAUGCUAUGCAUCUACACAGCACUGAGAUAAAAAUCAGUUGACUGUAGCUCCGCCCUUAGGAACAAAGGGAUGAGUGAAGCUAUGUGAAAUCAGGAUGUGCUGUGUGUGUGUGUGUGUGUGUGUGUGUGUGGGGUCAUACACUGCCUUAUUUCAGCCCACCAUUUCUUAAGUUUGUGUGUGUCUCUGAGUGUUCUGAUCUGCCUUUCUUUUACUUGUUGCCUAACUGAAAGAGACCUCCCUGUCUCGUGUGUGUGUGUGUGUGUGAGAUAUGAGAGCGUGCUCUUGCGCUGUUAUCCACCUUCAGUCACUUGAUCAAGCGUCUCGUCUCAAGAGCGUUUGUGUCAUGUCCAGCUGGCACGAAAAGCCGUUACAAAACAAACGGAUGGCGAGCGCGGCGCAGAGCCACGUGUGUAACAGUCACGGCAGGUGGUGUGUGUGUGUGUGCAGGUGGAAGACUUCCCCAGCCUUUUCGUACUAAACCCAUGCAAUUGUACUAACGUUUUAAUAGGAAGCCGUGUUUCUGAGCCUCUGCCUUUAAUUUGCUGUAGUUCCUAAUCAGUGGCGUUUUUCUUUUUAACUUUUUUUAUGAGGCUGUUUUUAUGUUUGUGUUCUGUUUAGCUGUAAGUUAUAUUUCAAAGGUUUACACUCUUCAUUGCCGCUGAUGGAGUCCACAUAAUAGGCAUGUGCUGUUUAUCAUUUACAAUAUUCAGUGUUUUUUUCCUCAGAGUGAUGAUUCUCUUCUUUAUGUUUUAAAAACUUUAUUUUUUUAUUUUUAUUUUUUUUCCCAACUAUUUUAUUUUCUUUCCAAGCAACAAGCUCCACACUGUGACUUCCAAGUUCAACGUAACUUGUAUGACACCAUGAUAAGAGGUUUCUUAACAUUAGCUAACUUUAGACCUUGUUCGGUUUUAAUGACCUGAAAUAAUAGCUAGCCAAAAUUCUGCUGAUGGCAAACUUCUCAAAUCCUCACCGUAAUGUUCACCAUAACAAUACUGAUUCUAGCGUGUGCUAAGUAUUGCGGUAUAUCGUAUAUAUCUGAUUAUUGGUGCGUGUUUGUGUGUUGAACUGUUGGUUACGGUUGAAAUGGUAAUUGGAGCAAGAAGCUCGGUUACACACAUGAAUGUGUGUUUAGACCACUCUGACUGUAGAAGGUGAUGCAGUGUGAGAGACACAAAACUCAGGGUUGAAUAAUGUUAACCACUUGUGUGCAUGGAGACAAAAUGAGCUUGUGUGUGUGUGUGUGUGCGCGCUUCAGUAGCAAAUACAUUCAAGUCUAAAAUUCGAAUACAUCUAUCAGAUUUUUUUUUAUUAUUAUUAUUUCAUUUUUGACACAUUAAUGCUUUUCUUUUUGACACUAUGGCUGGGCGCUAUGAUAAAGUUUGCAAUUAGAUUAAAUCUAAUCCACUCCUUGUUAUUAUAAUAACCUCGAAGAUGGUCAGCGUUGCUAAUAGUACCGAUGAUAUUCAGCGUACUCUGCAUGUGUGUUGCAAUAUCAUCAUCAUCAUCAUACUGUCAGAUCGUCCACCAGUAACGUUAAAGCUCUCAUUACACAUCAGUGUGAUUCCCAGGUUGUUUUGUUUUGUUUUUAGAUGUAAUUAAUUUUAAUGGUUUUAAUAAUCAAACUAUUGAUUUUAUUCCCAAGUGCCAUGAUUGAAAGGUACCACUUAUUAUAACGUUAUUGUUCAGAAUGAUUGUUUUUGAGAAACUCCUGCCUUCUGAAGCCAACGGAGCUCCAGCUCACAGCCAAGAUGUUCACUUAGGGCAUGUCCCAAUAUUACAUUUCAUAUUAUGAUAACUGCCUUUAACCUGAUCUCAAAUCCUGACUGUAACACAUAUGACACGUGUGUGGCCUCAGAAUGUGUGUGUGUGUGUUAUGUAUGUAUCUAUGAGCACAGAGGUGCUUCAUUUCUGUAUCAUUCUGAGUGAGCAAAGUGAAAUCUGUCCAGUCAGUAACUCGUAUCCUGCUGGCGAUUUUGAACUAGUUUCAGUCAUAUUUGUGAUUUCACGUAAGCCUUGUUCUGCUGUCACCCCAGAACCUGAUACAGAUGUCGUCUAGGUGUGUAUUUGACUCCUCUCUCUCUCUCUCUCUCUCUCUCUUCCUCACUCAAUGCCAGUGUAUCUCUUACUGUCUCAUUUGUUGCUGUUAUUCUCCUUGAUUCUCUCAGUGAACCAUGAUCCGGUUACUUUCCCUAGAGAGACGAGGAUGAGUGAUGUCCAUGUCCUUCAGUGCCCUUUAAUGGCUGAAAUGACAUCAUAAUCUAAAAUUGUGCUAAACCCAGCUCAGGAAUGUGCCAUUAUUACAUUCCUAUAAAAAGUUAAUUGUGUUGUACAAAGCAGUUGGUGCCACUGUAUGAAUCUUUUUUUUUUUUCCCCCCCUAAUGCUCUUAAUCUCAGAGCACUAAAAAUCAGCCUCCUGCCAAACGGGAAAAGAAAAAAACAGAGAUGAUAUUUAGACUAGUUCACCAGAUAAUAGAUUCGUCUCCCUAAAUCUGGUUGAUCUCCAGCUUGUGUAGGGUUCGAUGAUGUCAUUUCACUUUUUCAGUGUUGCUGCUGUUCCCCAGUGAUCCUCUUGGGCGUGAGAUCACCAGACCCUGAAAGACAGGUUUUACCUUCCCGACAAGAUCUUCCUUCCUGUGAACUGUCCACAAAAAGGCUACAAAAGCCUGUAAAGUUUCCUUCAUGUGAAGUGUCUAUACUGCUUAGCUCAGCGGUUCCUUCACGCUCGUUCAGUAACAAGUGCUUGUGAAUGUGGAGGACGAACAGAGGCUGUCUCUGAAGAGAGAAAAAAAAACAGUUUUCUACUGAAAUGGCAAUUUCAUAUGAGCCUGAAGCAGCUGGCUUAUGUGAUAAAAGCCUCAGAGCCUGGCUAAAACGCCUGGAUGGAUUUUUUUCUCAGCUCUAUAUGCGCACUAUGCAGCCUUGUCUCUCCUGUGGAUGACUUACUCAUGUCUCGGUCUUGCUCUGUGUUUCACUAGAUGAUUAUAUCACACUCUGGGACUGUUUCUGUUACCAGUGUCUUCACAUCUCUGACCUUUAACAGCAUAAUCAAAACUUGAUUAAGAGAAACGAAGCUGGCAGAGCUCCAGCUCAGCGUCAGUAUGCUCCUGCUCCUGUUUCCGAUAUUGUGGGGUUUUUUUUUUUUGUGUGUGUGGAGACAGAGGCUCCCUAAAAAUCUAGAUGCUUUAUACGUAAUGCAUCAUUUGUGGUGUAAGGUUUAGGAUCAGUGAAGGACGUCGUGAAUAGAUGAAUGAAAUAUCAAGAGCAAGCAUGUGCCACAGUGUUCACGGUGCAAUAAUCUGCCACCACUUGCUGUCACAGUUUACUUCAUUUACAGCACGUAAGACAUAAAGACAUGUGUGUGUGAUGGUCAUGUCUUCCACACCGCAGCAAUAACGUAAAGAAAGCUUGUCGCCGUUUAAGGUGUUAAACAUCCUUCGUUGUUUUUGUGAGCAUGUGCCAAUAAUACGUUUUCAUAUUACACGUUUUGUCACGUUUUACGACGUCUGACAGUUUGUAUUAAAGAAAAAAAUAGAUUAAGGAUUAGGUCUUCGUUAUGAAAUGAAAGCUUGCCAAAAAAUAAAAUGGUGAUUGUUGGCACGUCUAGUAGAGAGCCUUGGGUUUAAAUUCGUUUGGAAAGCAAGUUUGCUGCUAAUUGAACAUGCUUCUGCUGUUUUUGUGUCGGUUAUCUGUGAAACGCCUUUAUGGUCUCAUAAUUCUGAAGCGUGUGAGUGUGAAAUUUCAGCUUCUUGAGGAGCAGAUAAUGAUGUACCCAUCACAAUGCGUUCUGUGCAUGCGUAAGCCUUAGCUAGUGGCUGUGUUGAUGUUAUGUUGGGCAUGGCAGUGGGUCUAGAGGCUAUCGCUGUAUUCAGCACACAGACGCACUACUGUAAUUCGCUUGAAUCUCUGUGCCUGAGUGUGUGUGUUUAGGUGUUAAAAUUUUCCACUGAGGUCUUAACAUCACGGUUAUUAUGCAAAUGUUCUGCAGCGUGCGAAUAUCUUAUCAACAGAAUGGGUUUUUGUUUUUGUAUGGAGGAAAAAAAAAGAAAGGACUUCCCGGAAAAAAUCCAGGAUGUUGAUCAUGUAGAAUUUAUGCAACCUGCACAAAAGACUAAAUCUAAUUUAGUGCCUUUUUUUUAAUUGUAAUUUUGUAUGUAGAUGUUUUAAACUUUCCAUUUCCUGACUCAUGUUGCUGUAAUCCUACUAAACAAGGAACAGUGCAGAACAGUGACCCUGUGGUCCAUGUACAGUUUAAUAAUCUCUGCUUCCUCACUCCUUUUUCUGCCUGUCAAUAAACUACAUCCCAACAUCAGUCACUUGUUCGCAUGAUUUGA